CCCUCCUUUUUUUUACAAUUUCAUUUUUUGCCUUUGGUUGCUGAGGAAACUUAAGAAAUAGAUCAGGGUUUGACUGAGAAGAGGUUGUAAUGGCUACGGCUACAUACCCGCCACCACCACCGUACUACAGACUUUACAGAGAUUACUUACAGAACCCAAAAUCAGCUCCUGAGCCUCCCCCACCUAUUGAAGGGACCUACAUUUGUUUUGGUGGCAACUACACGACUGAUGAUGUGAUUCCGAACUUGGAAGAGCAGGGAGUGCGCCAGCUAUACCCAAAAGGACCAAAUAUUGAUUUUAAGAAGGAACUGAGGUCACUUAACAGAGAGUUGCAGCUGCAUAUUUUGGAGCUUGCAGAUGUUCUUGUUGAGAGACCAUCACAAUAUGCAAGGAGAGUGGAGGAAAUAUCCCUUAUAUUUAAGAACAUACACCACCUUCUCAAUUCAUUGCGUCCCCAUCAGGCUCGAGCGACAUUAAUUCACAUUCUAGAACUCCAAAUACAACGCCGCAAACAAGCUGUUGAGGAUAUAAAGAGGAGAAGAGAGGAGGCCCAGAAACUUCUCAAGGAAUCCCUUGCAACCUUGGACGGACACUAGUGCAUGCUUUAGAUGCUUUUGUUGAAACCAGAACUGCCUGUGUUUUCUGUUUGUUUAGCGAAUCUUAUAUUUGAACUAGUGAUGCUAUAUACAGUUAUGAAUUGUGCAAGCCGCGCACUCCUUUUGAAAAAUAGUAAUGUCUAUCAUUAAAAAAAUAUAUAUAUA